AGGGGCCGGGAGCGGUCUGAGGGGCCGGCAGCGGCCUGAGGGGCUGGGAGGCGUCUGAGGGGCCGGGAGCGGUCUGAGGGGCCGGGAGCGGUCUGAGGGGCCGGGAGGCGUCUGAGAGGUCGGGAGCGGCCUGAGGGGCCGGGAGGCGUCUGAGGGGCCGGGAGGCGUUUGAGAGGCCGGGAGCGGCCUGAGGGGCCGGGAGGCGUCUGAGAGGCCGGCAGCGGCCUGAGAGGCCUGAGAGGCCGGCAGCGGCCUUAGGGGUCGGCAGCGAUCUGAGGAGCUGGCAGCAGGGCCUGAGGAGAGGCCGGGACGGGUCUGAGGGGCCGGCAGCGAUCUGAGGGGCCGGCAGCGAUCUGAGGGAUCGGCAGCGAUCUGAGGGGCCGGCAGCGAUCUGAGGGGCCGGCAGCGAUCUGAGGGGCCGGCAGCGAUCUGAGGGGCCGGCAGCGAUCUGAGGGGCCGGCAGCGAUCUGAGGGAUCGGCAGCGAUCUGAGGGGCCGGUAGCGACGAUCGCAGGGUGAAGCUGAAGCAGGAUGAAGCUGACCACGCAGGCCUACUGUAAGAUGGUGCUGCACGGCGCUAAGUACCCGCACUGCGCCGUCAACGGGCUGCUGGUGGCCGAGAGGCCCGCGGCGGCACCCCCGCGCCGGGACCAGGCCGGGCCCCCCUCACUCUUCGUUGACUGUAUCCCUCUCUUCCACGGGACUCUGGCGCUGGCGCCCAUGCUGGAGGUGGCCCUCACGCUGAUUGACUCUUGGUGCAAAGAGAACAGCUACGUGAUAGCUGGCUAUUACCAGGCAAACGAGCGAGUGAAGGAUGCCAGUCCAAACCAGGUUGCAGAGAAGGUGGCCUCCAGAAUUGCAGAGGGCUUCAACGAUACAGCACUCAUCAUGGUUGAUAACACCAAGUUCUCGAUGGAGUGUGUAGAGCCUGCCAUCCAUGUCUAUGAGCUUCACGAGAACAAGUGGAGGUGCAAGGACCCACAUGUUGACUUCUGUGAAGACUGGACUGAAGCCCAGAGGAUUGCUGCCUCUCUCCUGGACAGCAAAUCCUACGAGACACUGGUGGAUUUUGACAACCACCUGGAUGACAUCCGGAACGACUGGACAAACCCAGAGAUCAACAAAGCUGUUCUCCACCUGUGCUAGAGGAGUUGCUGCUGCCUCCCUCAGGGGCACUCCCACCAUGGACUGAAGAGAGCAAAAACAAAGGCUAUUUUUGAAUGUAAAUAAGAGUCGCAUUCAGUACCUUCUGUGGAAACCUGACUGAUUAAAAAGGAGAGGCAUGUCACCUUGCAGAGGCUGAGGUGUCCCUGAGGCUCUGAA